AUAAAAGCAGAUCUCCACCGGCACAAGUGGAGCUGCACAAAAAAAAAUAUAUAACUUUUUCAUUUUCAAACGGAACUUUGGCAAAUCCGAACUUCUCCUCCGUCACUUCUUCUUAUUUCUUUUUCGCUGUCACUCUUUCGGUUUGUUAUUGUUAUUGUUUUUUUUUUCCAGUGUUCGGUGUUUUUGUGUUUUUUUUGUUGUUUUUUUUUUGGCCAAGGUUCUCCGUACGAAAAUAAAAUAUUAAUUAAUUUAGUUAGUUAGUUAGUGUGUAAAAUACGCCGAGGAAAUCACUUAAAAUGAGAAUCGUGUGGAGUAAGCAGGUCUUCUUAUGGCUGCUCCUGGCCGCCGUAAUGGUCACCGCAUUGACCCUCGGCCUGGUCUUUGGACUGAGGAGCAAGGACACUCGCCUCAUCAGCGGCGCCGUCGUCUCCAAUGGCAUCGGUUGUGCGGAUAUUGGCGGCGAUGUCCUCAACGACGGCGGUUCGGCGGUGGAUGCCGCCAUUGCCACGCUGUUGUGCGAGGGCCUCCUCCUGCCCCACUCCAUGGGCAUUGGCGGGGGAUUUGUGGCCACCAUCUAUACGAGGAGCACUCGGAAAGUGGAGACUGUGAUGGCGAGAGAAUCGGCUCCGGGAGCGGCCACCAAGGACAUGUUUGUGGGCCAGUCGGAGAUCACGGGCGCCAGGGCGGGCGGUGUGCCCGGCGAGAUCCUGGGCUACUGGGAGAUGCACCGGAAGUACGGCAUCCUGCCGUGGAAGCGUCUCUUCCAGCCGUCCAUUAAGUUGGCUCGGGAGGGUCAUGUCGUCUCCAGAUACCUGGCCGCCGCCAUCCAAUCCAAGUUGCCACAAAUCCAAGCGGAACCAUCACUGUCCUCGGUCUUCCUGAAGGGGAAUGGAGAUGCCUAUCUGGAGGGGGAUUACAUGAAGCGAACUGUCCUGGCCGAUACUCUGGAGAGGAUUGCCGAGAACGGUGCCAGUGAGAUCUAUGAUGGCGGGGUGACCGGACGCAUGUUCGUGGAGGACAUCCAGGCGGCGGGCGGUAUCAUCACCGAACAGGAUCUUCGCGAUUUCCGAGUGCGCUGGGAGAGUGAUGGCCACAUCUCCGCCCACAUCACUGGGGGCUACACCCUCUAUACCACGCCCCUGCCCAGCAGUGGUCCGGUCCUCACCUUCAUCUUGAACCUCAUGGACAGCCUGUAUACGGACAAGGAGGAGGUGUACUGGCAGCGGGUCGUCGAGUCCUUCAAGCACGCCUACGGCCAGAGGACGAAUCUGGGCGAUUUCCACGGCGAUGAGGAGUAUGGUCCUUCGAUCAAUGCCACCUUGGAGCAGAUGCUACGUCCGGAGUUUGUCGAGAGCAUCCGGAAGUUGAUACAAGACGACAGGACCUCGCAGGACUACGCGUACUACGGGGCCAACUUCACGGUGGAGGAGGAUCACGGCACUGCCCACAUGAAUGUCCUGCAUCCCAACGGGGACGCCGUCUCCAUCACCAGCACCAUCAAUAACUAUUUUGGCGCCAAAGUGGCCUCCGCCCGGACCGGCAUCAUCCUGAACGACGAAAUGGACGACUUCUCCACCCCGGGCGUGAUCAAUGGCUUCGGGGUGCCAGCCUCGCCGGCCAACUACAUCCAUCCCGGCAAGCGACCCAUGUCCUCGAUGAGUCCCGCCGUCGUGGUGGACCCGCAGGGCAAUGUCCGGCUACUAGUUGGAGCUGCCGGCGGCACCCGGAUCACCACCAGUGUGGCAGAGGUGAUCCUCAAGUAUCUGGUGCGGGGCGAGAGUCUCAAUUCGGCGGUGAACAAUGGAAGGAUCCAUCAUCAGCUGGCACCGAUGCGAGUCAGCUACGAGGUGGAGGUGGAGAGCAGCACCGCCGACUACCUGAAGCAGGUGGGCCAUGUGAUGUACGAGGAGCCGCAGGGAUCCAGUUUCGCGGCAGUCACCGCCAUUGGAGCUUUGGAGGAGCCGCAGCCCUUCUACGAUCGCCGGCGGAUCGGUAGCUCUCUGACCAUCAAGAAGACCAACAAGAUGCAGCACUAAUCCUCCAUUCCGAUCCCCCCCCCUGCCAUGAUCGUGAUCGUGAUCGUGAUUUUAUUUAUUUAUAUAUAAAUUUAAGUUUUUAAGAGGCCCGCCCGUAGUAGGCCCCCCGUGUAUAUAAUUGUUGGAACCAUAUUUCGAAUAGAGGAGUGUCUUCGAAAAGAAUUCUUUUAUGUUUAAAUAACAGGCUGUGAAUGCCGAAAUAGCCAAAUAACUGAUUGUCUUUUUACUGAAAGCAUACUAAUACUUUAAUUGGUAUUUUAUUGUACAUAUACGCUAUUCCCAUACACCUGUUAUUUUUUGAAUAAAAAAAUUGGAGUUUGUUUCAAAUUAUUUCUCCAAAAAAGACAUAAAAGUACUUUCUGUCUUUAUGUUGAGGAGUUUUGAGGAGGAACUUUAAAGGAAAUUAUAUUCCAAAAACUUUCAAGGGCUUUCGUCACUGGAAUUGUGAAUAAAAAGUAUAUUUUUUGCAGAUUUAGUGUUAAUUUUAUACUUAAAAAAAGAAAAACACAUUUUAGAAGAGUUAUUCAACUUCAUAAAAUAGAAGAAAUAUUUCGUCACCUGUAACUUUAGCUCGGAAGGGUAUUUAGCUUGAGAAUUUGAUGAGAUUUUGCAAAAAAAAAAGGCAUAAAAGUACUUCCUGUCUUUAUCUUGGGGGGUUUUGAGGAGGAACUUUAAAGGAAAUUAUAUUCCAAAAUGUUUCAAGGGCUUUCGUCACUGGAAUUGUGGAUAAAAAUAUCUAUUAAGCAGAUUAAAUGAUAAUUGCUUACUUUAAAAAAGAAAAACACAUUUUAGAAGAGCUAUUUAACUUCAUAAAAUAGAAUAAAAAUAUUUGAUUAAUUGAUAUUAGAAGUUCUGAGAGAUUUAAGUGGUUUUCGUCACCUUUUAUUAUAGCUUGGAAGGGUAUUCAGCUUGAGAAUAGGAUGAGAAUUAGAAAAGAUAUACCCAUAUUAGAAUUUCAGUCACUUUGUAAGGUGGAAAAAAUCCUAAUCUAGUAAUCCCUGACCCUCGAUCCAAGUAAUCCAUGGAAUCGAACUUCCUGUCACAAAUUCCCGUACUCCCAAACCCAUUUCCCGACAAAGUUCAUUCUACACAACGAGACGGAACUAGCCAGCAACAAAAUUUAUAAUUUAUAUUAUAUCUAGAGAUUUUGUUUUUAAAUAAUUUUUGGAUAUAUUUUGUACGAAAUUAUUAGAAUUAUUAGAAUUAUUAGACUUUUCUUUUAAUCAUUAUGACACGACCAUUGCCACCCAAGAAGCCUGUUCAGAAGGAUAUUCCUUUCAAGAGUCGGAGAUCAAUCAGGAGGACCAAGAGACCGAACCAGAACUCGCUCCCCAAUGGCCUCAAUCCCAAUCUGUUAAAGCGACUCCGAGCGGAGAUAAUCCAACUACUCAUGGGACUCUCCAGGAAGAAUAUCAAUUAAUUUCGAACCGAGACAUCCCAGGCAGAUAAAAAAUCAAGAUUCAAAAUUAUCCAUCUAGUUCGGCAACGCAGGGACAUCGAACAUUUAAUCAAGAUGAUGAACAAUCCUGCUUAUAUUAAGCGGAAUAAUAAACACGCCUAGUACAGUCUGAGAAUUUAUACAUAAAAUUAGCAAUAAAAGAUAAUAACAGAUAA